AUGAGCAGCUUAGGCCAACGCGUCCGCAACACGUACACGUCCGGCGCACCGGCAAACUAUGUGCCGGGGUUAGGUCGGGGCGCCGUGGGCUUCACGACGCGCUCAGACAUCGGUCCGGCGCGUGCGCCCAUGACGCAGGACGGAACGCAGGACGCACCGUUUCUCCCGCCCGCUGGUCGUGGACGAGGCGUUGAGAUCGCAGGCGCAGGACCGGGUGCCGGACGCGGGUCAGGGACCGCUGGAAUGGGCGGAUUUGGACGUGAAAAGGACGAGAACGAGGACUUUGGCGACUACAGUGAGACGAACUACGACGAAUUCUCGGGCUAUUCGUCCCGCGGUCUGUUCCAGGACACGCCCUACGAUCAAGACGACAAGGAAGCAGACGAUACAUACGAGCAGGUGGACGAGCGCAUGGACUCCCGACGGAAACGCCGCCGGGAGCUCCGUCAACUCGAGGAGCUGAAGAAAGCGCGCAAGGAAAUGCCCAAGAUCUCAGACCAGUUUGCAGACCUUAAAAGUUCACUGCAGUACAUGUCGGAUGCGGAGUGGGAUCUGAUCCCUGAGAUUGGGGACUAUUCGCUCAAACACAAAACCCACACGGCACUGCAGAAACGUCACGAGAUGUUUGCGCCUGUGCCUGACAGUCUCUUGGGAACUGCGGGAGCUCGAGUGAGUGGGACGAUCACACCGGUCCAUGGGGUCGAUACACCGAAUGGCAUGACGAGCUCUAUGACAGGAUUGGCAGGUGCGAGAGGUGCUCAGUUGUCCCAUAAGCUGGACAAGAUGUCGGACUCGAUCUCGGGCCAGACGGUUGUGGAUCCCAAGGGAUACCUCACGAGUUUGAACAGCUUGAAGAUGACGAGCGAUGCUGAGAUUGGUGAUAUAAAAAAAGCGAGACUUUUGCUGAGAUCCGUGACAAUGACGAAUCCCAAGCAUGGACCCGGGUGGAUUGCUGCGGCAAGAUUGGAAGAAGUGGCGGGCAAGUUGGUGCAAGCGAGAAAGAUCAUUGCACAAGGUUGCGAGUCAUGUUCGACACAAGAAGAUGUUUGGCUGGAAGCAGCACGAUUGCAAAAUCCGGAGAAUGCCAAGACGAUAUUGGCCAAAGCUGUGCGACACUUGCCUAAGUCGGUCAAGAUCUGGCUUCAAGCAGCGCAGCUCGAAAACGAUGACGAGCUGAAAAAGCUCGUGAUGCGUCGCGCUCUCGAGUUUAUCCCCAACUCGGUAAAGUUGUGGAAGGCCCUUAUUGAAAUGGAGGAUGUCGACGGUGCUCGAAUUUUGCUCGGGCGGGCUGUCGAAUGCGUUCCACAAGCGGUGGACCUGUGGCUUGCACUGGCUCGGCUCGAAACAUACGAAAACGCAAAGAAAACGUUGAACAAGGCACGCGCUGUUAUCCCAACCGAGCCGUCGAUCUGGAUCACGGCAGCCAAGCUGGAAGAAGCACAAGGAAAGAAUGUAGACAUGAUUGAUCGUAUCAUCCAGUUGGCACUGAAGUCACUUCAAAAACAUCAGGUGGUCAUGAACCGGGAAAUGUGGCUGAAGGAAGCUGAAGCAUGCGAGCAAGCUGGUGCACCUUUGACCUGUGCGGCAAUCGUGCGUGUUAGUUUGGACGUUGGUGUUGAUCACGAAGAUCGUAAGCGUACAUGGAUGGACGAUGCUGAAAACAGCAUAAAUCGUGGUGCACUGGUAACUGCUAAGGCCAUAUAUGCAGCUGCAUUGAAGGUUUUUCCGGGUAAGAAGUCAAUUUGGCUACGCGCAAUUGCGCUGGAGAAGAAGAUCCAAGAAGGCACGAGUUCUGAACCUGUUGAGCAGCUGUUGCAGAAGGCCGUCACGUGUUGUCCCAACGCCGAAAUUUUAUGGCUUAUGGCUGCGAAGGAGGUUUGGACCAACGGAUCGGUGGAGAAUGCGCGAUUGGUAUUGCGCCAAGCAUUUAGUGCCAAUCCGAAUAGCGAGGCGAUUUGGCUGGCAGCUGUGAAGUUGGAGUGGGAGAACGAUGAAAUUGACUUGGCGCGGGCAUUGCUGGCUAAAGCACGCGCUCAAGCGCCGUCGCCGCAUGUAUGGAUGAAGUCUGUGCUGCUUGAGCGAGAAUGUGCUGAGAAUCGUAAGAUCGAGGAAGACCUUGUCUUGGAAGGAAUCAAGCUAUAUCCUGAUUUCCCGAAGUUGUAUAUGAUGGCUGGGCAGUUGUACGAAGCGCUGGACCCAGCGGACUAUGAGAGUGCAAAGAAAAUAUACCGCGAAGGAAUUCAGAAUUGUCCAAGGUCAAUUGUGUUGUGGACUCUUUCCAGCCGAUUGGAAGAAAAGCUGAAUGGCGUAACCAAGGCGCGCUCGGUAUUGGAGAUGGCUCGAUUGAAAAACCCAAAGACUGAUUUAUUGUGGCUAGAAGCUGCUCGACUAGAAGCCCGAUGGAACAACCCCAAAGGACAAGAGAUGCUGAUGGCCAAGGCUUUGCAAGAAUGCCCCGAAUCAGGCGUACUCUUGGCAGAAUCAAUUGACAUUGCCCCACGUGCGCAGCAGAAGCGUGCAUCGUUCACCGCACUGAAGAAGAAAGACAACGAUUCGUCGGUGUGUUUAUCAGUCGCCAAAUUGUUUUGGCAGGAACGCAAGUACUCAAAAGCACGCAAGUGGUUGGAGCGAACAGUUCAGCUGGAUUCGGAUUUUGGAGAUGCGUGGGCACAUUACUAUCUAUUUGAGCUUAAACAUGGUACAACGGAAGCGGCAGAAAAGGUUUUGAAUCGUGCUGUGAUCUCGGAUCCCCAUCAUGGUGAAAAAUGGACGUGUAUCUCGAAACAGACGCGAAACCGUCGCAAGAAGGCCAAAGAGCUCGUUAAGCUUGUUAGUCUGACAUUGCCGUUUGCCGAACAACCGUAG